CCUCACCUAACUGACAGUAAUGUCAAACGUGGACAGGAGCAGACAGGCAGUUCUGUGAGAGCAACAGGAGGAAGAAGAUCAUUCCUAUAGCAUCAUUCUUCUGACCACGCAUAUGCAUGGGGAACAAUAGCAGCUCCACAGUGGAUGAUCUGCAGGCUAUCGAGAUCCACCACUGGUACAAAAAGUUCAUGACGGAGUGUCCUUCUGGACAGCUGACAGAGCAUGAAUUUAAACAGUUCUUUGGGCUUCGAGGGCUGGAUCCAGAGGCCAAUGAGUACAUUGAGCAGAUGUUCCGCACGUUUGAUAUGAACAAGGAUGGAUAUAUUGACUUCAUGGAGUAUGUGGCUGCCCUCAGCCUUGUUCUCCGUGGGAAGAUGGAGCAGAAAUUGCGGUGGUAUUUCAAGCUCUAUGAUGUAGAUGGCAAUGGCUGCAUUGAUCGACAUGAAUUGCUCAACAUCAUUAAGGCUAUUCGAGCUAUUAAUGGUGGUGACCAUGAAACUAGUGCAGAAGAGUUCACCAACCGAGUUUUCAACAAAAUUGAUGUGAAUGGAGAUGGUGAACUUUCUCUGGAUGAAUUUGUGGAGGGAGCAAGGAAAGACAAGGAGUUCAUGGAGGUGAUGAUGAAAAGCUUGGACCUGUCACACAUUGUGGCCAUGAUCAACAACCGUCGGCAUAGUGUAUAAAUCAAGCUAGGACAAGACACUGUGCCAAUAGACUGAACGGUGUACACACACCAGAAAGGAGAGACAGCAUUUUUUAAAACAAACAGAAUUGCCAUAAACACACAUAUGGAAGUGGGAACAGAAAGACACUGCUAUAUUUGUGUAUCUGAGUGCAUGUUUCUGUACAAAUAUUGAAGCUCAGCCACAUACAUGCAAGGCGGGUUCAGAAAAACUGGAUCUGGGUGGCAGUAUUUGACUUGAGUUCCUAAAAUUUAAAGGCCAAGUUUAAGGGCACAAAUUUCCUCCUUAUUCUGUGUCCCAGAUUGUCACUUUGCAAUGGACUAAAAGUAACGCUAAGUUUGUGAAGAGCAGUAGCAGAACUGGAUGAUGGAGUGUGGAAAAUUUCUGACAUGUACAAAAGAAGAGCUUCAAACUGUUAUCAAUGUAGAGAAGUAUCAAAAGAAUGUAACUUCCACUGUUCUUGUCAUGGUGUUAGAUCAUAAACACCAGCAUGUUUUUCCAUACCAGAUGUGCUUGGAUUUGGUAGUCUCUACAGAAGUAGCUUUAUUCAUAAGAUCUCAAGAGCUGAAAGAAAAAUCAGUCUUUAAGGCUGAUAGUGGCAAAUCUGUUCCCAGCUGCACUGUCAGUAAUGCUGCUGUUUGCAGCUUUCUGUGAUCAAAGAACUCUUUAGCAAACAAGUCAACAGUUUAGAAGCAGCUUCUGUAACUAGAGAAAAUACGCUGCUCAGUUUCCCAAAGCAGAAGAAUUACCUGAGAGAUCAAAUCUUUUUUACACUUGUUGUCCUACUACUCUCCUCUCAUACAAUGGAAUAAAUGAAGCAUGUGAAGAUGAUCCUAGUGUUGUUUCUUCACACAUCCUUUAUUGGUCUUUCUUUUUAUUCUUGGGGAGAAGAUCUAAGAAGCAAAAGAAACAACUCAGCAAGGUGACUUGUGAAUUCUGCUGUUCAUGUGAAUACUGGAGUGAAGUUGAUACUCCAGAUCAGUGCUGCUAAAAAUGACUCUGUACGUGAUGGGAAGAGUGAUGUAGCAUGGAUAGAAACUGAGCAAACUGUGUCUUGUUCACUAACAUUAGGUAAGGUCACAAUCAGAAGCUCCUUUGAAUCUGGAGAGAACCAGAAGGUAAGAAGAAUGCAGGAAAAGUUCAGCAGAGUGCCUAUGCCAUAGUUGGGCAUGUUUUCCCUGUGCAGGAGGAAGAACUUGCAGAUCUGUAACAAGAAUACUUUAGAGUGGACUUAACCUUGCUUAUAUUUAAGUUUCUGUGAUGUACAUAUGUAUACCGAACAAAGUGUCUAGGCGUUCAUCUAAGUCAAGGGAGAUUUAGUCAGUAUUGUCACUGGAUCUUGAGAGAGUGAGUGAUCACGUUUAGAGCAGGCACCAACAUUUUGCCAGGGGGGCUCAUACUUCAGGUCCCACUGGCAUGUACACAUUUUGCAGUCUUAGAGCUUCUGAGAGGAGUCACAACCUGGGUAUUGGCAAACAUUGCUCAGUUCUCCAGAGGAUUAUAGGGAGUAUAUGCUGUUGGACUCUGCUGUUGCUUUGGACUGAGGAAGGCAGGGUUUUUUUUCAAGACUCUGUUGAACCUGUCCUGUACCUGUUACAAGUCCUCAGUCUCCUGCUGUUUCGUUGGUCAGUUACAUGUAAAACUGCAUUUUCAUUAUCAUCUGACAUACA